CUGCAACCUGGCUGCAUCAUCACCUCUCAUUUUUCUCAACAGCCACACCGUCCCCCUCCCUCUGUACGUUUUCGCGCAGGAGAAAAGAAAAGUAAAGAAAAGAAAAUGAAACAGAAAAUUGAACAAAAUCCUCCUCGCAGCGCCCGGGAAGGAGAUGACAAUACGCGUUCAACCAUGGGCUCUAGCCGCAAGUCCUCCAUCCGAUUCUUGGGCGUACUCAAACAACCCGAUUCCGAUCCCAACCCAUUCGAGCUCCACGAGAGCGACGUCGUUUGGUCCUCCUCCGGUUCCACCGACCUCCACUCCCAUUCUCCUCCUACCCCAUCAAAUUCUCCUCCCAAUCUCCUCCACCAAUUCCAUACGGAGAAAUCAGGCCUCUCCGCCGCCUUGUCCGACGACCACCACCCCCUGGUCCGCCGUAAACCUGCUCUGAACCCGUCCCUCUCGGCCGCCCGGACAAUCCUUCCACUGCGUUCAGAGGUGUCCAACGGAUCGCCGGCGCCCAGGAAGUUCCGGCAAUCGGCUCCGGUAAACGUGCCGAUUUGGCCGAAGAAAGUCGGAGUGACUAAUUUGCGACGUUUGGACGAAGUUUCCGAGGAGGAGGAGGAGGAGAUGGUUCCGCCGCACGUGAUGGUGGCGAGGUCGCACGUGAUGACGUUUUCGGUGUUCGAAGGCGUCGGAAGGACACUCAAAGGAAGGGAUUUGAGGCGAGUGAGGAACGCGGUCUUUCUGAAGACAGGUUUUAUUGAUUGAAACCUCUGCGUUCUUGUAAUUUAUUGCUUAAUUUUGUGCUCUGUAUGUGCUAAAUUGGAAGUGAAUGAAUUGUUUUGCUACUUUUAUUGGCUCUCUCUCAUAUUCUGAUUACUGGUGAAUAACUUUGUACUGUAUUGUAUAAUACUGUAUUAGUUAACUAGAACUUGUAAUAAUGGAUUGGGAAUGAUGUUGAAAGGUUAAACCUUUUUCAAGUUCUUA